GAAAUGAAAUAAAUGUUUUUCAACUUUCGUAUGGCUGAAAUGUAGAGCGAAACAUUUCUAACCUCGAAAGGGGCGCUUUGAAAGUGUGAUAUUUAAAAUAUGUUCUUCACAUGGAGGUCUUCCAGGAUUAUAAUUCGCAAAACAUUGUUUCCAUAAGUGGAAUUGAAUAAUCUGUUUACAAUGAGGUGAUAUCAAUCACACAGUGAAUCACAUAUCAUAAACUGUGCAUUUUAUUUGCUGUCUGAUAUCAACUAGAUUUCCACCAGGGGGAAAUAUCGAUCAUACAGAACCUCCCCUCUACCUAUCUUCUUCCGGAGCAACAGGCGUCAAAUAUCAACAGGCGUCUCAUGGCGUCACUUUAGUUUCAACGAGUUGGUGAUGGUGAAGCUCAGUUCUUACAAAAUUCUAUUGACAUAUGUUGAAGGUAGAUUUUAUGUUGAGGAAAACAUGCAAAAGAUUAACCUUCACUGAUGGACUGUGGAACGCCACCAAGCCCUUCUAGUAGAUUCGUAUGCCCAAAUGAUAGACAGUUAGCUCUUCGUGCCAAAUUGAAGACAGGAUGGAGUAUUAAGACUGGCUCCCUAGGGUAUCAAACCCCCUCUACUUCCAGACAACCCUUACAACCAGACGAACAAGAAGCAAUCAUCGCCGUUAUCAAAAGGGCCGAGGAGCUUGAAUUAAACGAACAAGAAAGGGUAGGAUGUCUCAUACAACGCUUGGAAAACAUGCGUCGCAAAGUUAUAGGACGGAAUCCAUCGCAGUGUCUUCUCUGCGCAGAUGGUUUUGGUAUCCUCAAAUCCCAGAAGCUGGUUUGUAUAGAUUGUAAAAAGCCUGUCUGUCAGAAGUGUGCAAUUGAUUCUUGUGGUUCUAAACAUUGUUGCUCCAAAGACCAUUGGCUUUGUAUGAUCUGCUCAGAAAGUAGGGAAAUAUGGAAAAAAUCAGGAGCUUGGUUUUUUAAGAGCAUCCCCAAAUACAUUCUACCAAACGACCACAAUGUCUUGAAGAAAGGUAGUACAAGAUCUCUUAGAGAUGACGACAGCAGUAGUGAUGACGACUUUAAAUUGAGGAAGAGGAACCAAAGGAGACAUUCCAGCUCUGAAAGUCCAAAUGAUCUUAAGGACCAUUCUCCGCAUCCCCCUUCAUUGUCCAGUCAGCCCAAUAGCUCAAGUCCAGGUAGCUCAACGUAUUCCAAAAUGCCGGACUUCCUUAAGCCUUACCCGAGCAUUUCGACAACUUUCGACUCCAAGUCUGAAGACUCUGACAGAGAUAUUAAGACAGGACAUAGCACUGAACUUUCCGAUCAUGACAAAAGGGGCCUAAUGGGUAGUAGAAGUUUGACAGAUUGGCCGUGGAGUGACAGCAGGAAUGAAGGAAGGGUAUCACCAAGUACUUGUAGUACAAGCAGUGGAACUUUCAGGAGCCUAAGUGAAGAACACAAAGAACCAAAGCCAGUUCUCGAUCUAUCAUUAGGAACUAUGGACUUAUCAUUAACUUAUGACCCUAAUAAUUCAACCCUCCAUUGCACUAUCUACAGGGCGAAGAAUCUGAUCCCAAUGGAUAUGAAUGGCCUAGCAGACCCUUACUGUAAAGUAAAUAUACUACCAACUACGAAAACAGCAACGAGAUUACGCACAAAAACAAUUCACAAAACGAAAAAUCCCGAAUUCAACGAGAAUUUAACUUUUUACGAUAUUUCUGAGGAUGAUCUCAUGAAAAAGAGCCUCCAUAUAAUUGUAGUUGAUGAAGAUAAAUAUGGACAUGAUUUCAUGGGGGAAACAAGAAUAAAUUUGGCGAAGCUCAAAGUUCAGAACACCAUGUAUCUGACCCUCGCUUUACAAAAUACUACUUUUCAACAAAUAGGACCCGUACCUGCCCCUGAACUUUGCCAGUGGUUCGAUGAUAUGUGGUCCAGAGGGCAGAUACUGCUCUCCCUGUGCUACAAUACAAGAAGACGGUCUCUACUGGUAACUGUGAUUAAAUGUGCCAAUCUUCUACCGAUGGACAAUAAUGGAUUUUCUGAUCCUUUCGUUAAACUACAACUUCGACCAGACCCCCACCAUAAAAAGCACAAAACCACUGUAAAGUGGAAGGAACUCAAUCCUGUAUGGAAUGAAGAGUUCUUCUUCGAGACUCGACCAACAGAACUUUGCACUCAAAGCCUCUACAUCACCGUCUAUGAUAAGGAUUACGGCAAAAGCAACGAUUACCUUGGAGGUUUAGUCUUAGGUGGCCUUGGUUCUAAGGGGCAACGUCUCAAGCACUGGCUCGACAUGAUCAAGUACCCAGAUCAUCACCACAAAUGCUGGCACAAUCUAAGCGAGGAAAUUCCCAAAUGAACAGAACUAAUCAUGAAACCACAUAAUGCUAACCUAAAUUUAAUUCUGAUGGGAUCAGUUCAGCAGUUUUUGAGGGGAUAAAAUCCACAAAGCUUUUAAUGCUGUUGCUACUUCGUGAAAUUGUCUUCUAGAUAAUUUCUGCUUCAUGUGACUUGUUUGGGUUGUGAAUAUGCUCAAUUCUUCCAGUAGCAAGUUUGUUAGUAUGUUGUGAUAAUAAAACCAACAUACAUAAAUACAAAUGAAUAUCUCAACAUUCAAAACUGCCUUAAGCGAAUGUAUACAUUUUUUCUACAUCUCUCGUUGACUCUUUUUAUUUUGAAAAGCCUAAGCCUUUCACAUACAAUAUGAAACUACAUUUUAUAGUAGUAAGAAGAACAUUGUCGAAAAUGAAUUAGUGAAAAAAACAUUAGAUUGGUGUCUAUUGUCUAUUUUUGUAAAUGGAUCUUAAUAUAAUUUGUAACUGUAACCUUUGCUAUGGCUUAAAAUUUAACAUCCUAAUGUCUAAUGUUAUUUACUAUGUCUAAUACUUUUCUUCAUUGUUAUCCUUAUUUUCAGAGCGAUACUUUUAUAUGCCUUUACACUCGAUAAAGUGAGAGUUAACUGAAAACUUCUACUUUGUGUUGUAUCCAAAAAUUGUCAAGUUGUUUGUUAUGAGGAAAAUAUAUGGUUUUAAAGGCAUUCAGAAUUUUAU